ACUGUUUUUGCGGAUUGGAGCAUCAGCAGCAGCAGCAGCAGCAAAUUUUGCUCGGUCGUCUCGAGUUGCAUCCACAUCCAGAGUAGGAAAAACCUGUGAUAAUUUACGGUGUUUGUUCGCGGACGGAUCGGAUCGAAUCUCGGCGGAACGUCUCCGGUGUGCGUGCGUUGUGAACCUGAUUGCGAAUCUGUUCCCGGGGAUCGCGGCAAGUUGCCGAUCGAAGGAGGCUAGCAGAAGUGGUGGAAGUUUUCCCAGCGAGUCGCCUACUAGGUUGCCAAGUUAAGCAGCCUGGCGAGGGGUUCCUCAACAGGAGCGCCACGGCAGGAGAUCCGCUCGAAGUGUGGAACAGUGUGUUGUGCGAAUUUCUGUGCGCGAGUGUUGGUGAAAAGCUACGGGAUUUCGGAAGGAACGGGUCUUCCUGGGGCUCCAGCAUAGAAGACUUGUUUGUGGAAACGGGUGCUGAAAACCGUGGGUGCUAGUCGAACAGAACUAUCGGCAGAAGGGCGAAGAAGGCGGAGCAGUGUAGAACAGUGUGCUAAACGCAGGAGCACGUUGCUCGUGGAAGGCUUUAAGAAUCGAAGAAGAAAGUUCGAGUGCUGCUAAAGAUAUCGCUUUCGCCGAAAGCCAAAAUCGCUUUUUGUAACAUUUUAUAAGUGGCGUCGUUUCGAGUGAAAUUUGUGGUGCAAAGAAUCCGUUUUUUCCAAAGAUAUCGAGAGUUUAGUUUUCUAAGAAAAGCACUUUUUAACGAGCAAACUUGAAUCUAGUUAAAGUUGGUGUCAGCGUCUAGCUAAUAAGAGAAUUUUAAUCCAGUUGGAAUAAGUUUAUUUUUCUACUUGUAAAAAACCUAAGAAAUUUCUGCUUAAAGAACUGUUUGUAAAUUAAUAAAUAGUGAAACGUUUGAAGAGAUCGCAUCGGUGAAGAAUCUGUUUAGAUGCUGAAGCUGAACUGCAACUAGUGAACGUGAAGAAGAACAUCUGUAAUAUAAACUGACCUAACGAGAAUUGAAAAUCGCGCGCGUGUGAAGGUGAACUUGAACCGCUGCUUAAAUGGGUGAUUUUUUGUACGGAGGUUCGGUUCUGGCGAAUGAUUCGUGCAUGUCCAGCCAAUCGCUGCUCGACACGUUGAGUAUUAACAAUCUGCUGAACAUCAAGCAUCUGUCGAACGGAGCAGGAGUCAGCUCGGCAGGCGGUGGUCUAAGUCCCUCGGGUGCGGAAUCGUCAUUGAACGUGAAUAGUUCCGGUUCAGAUUCCAUCGUCGAUAACAACAACUCGACGAACGGCGGGUGCAAAUCGGGCAAGAAGUCAGCAAUGCCAACGACGACCAGCAUGACUUCAUCUGGAGGCAGUGGCGUCGAUGAGACCGGACUGUUGAUUGCUCACUCGCAAAUCGCAUCCAGCAACUCGGCUGUUACCAUUCCAACUAUCACGACAGCCAUCUCGUCUGAGUGCUCACUUACCGCGUCCAGCGUCAACACUCUAUCACUUCACCUGAACGCGGGUCAGUCCGACGACGAUACAUCGACCUCCUCUCUGCUAAACGGUGGAGGCUCUGGGACAUCUCCGAUUGCUUCCCUUAACAGCCACAGCAACAAUAACAACAAUCCCAACGCCACCAACAACAAUCUCCUAAUGGAAAACUCCGACUUGCAUCUUCCCAGUGCUGCUGACGAACUCAGUCUCAAGGCAGCCGAUCUGAGCUGCCUAAGUGUGACUUCCAGCCUCAUGAACGGCGGAACAUCCUCGCACAUGAUUCUUCCUCCCAAUGGUCUCAACUUCGGAACCACUCCGGACCACAGCCCUUGGUCUACCAGCAUCGAUGACCCGACCACCGCCGCCAGCUCUCAUCUCUCCAUCAACGGCCUCGGUGGAUUCCAGAACUACUCCAACAACCAUCUGUACAACGGUGCAGCAGUCGCAGCUGCUGCAGCCGCCGCCGCUGCCCAGCAACAACGCCGUGCCAUCACUGCUUCCCAUGGAGGAUUCCCCCAUCACGGCCUCUCCCCCAACAAUCCCCAAAACCACAUGCUUCAGCACCAUUCCUCCUCCAAUGCUCAACCCCAGCAGUCCCAAUUCAAGAACUCCUACCCCACUUGGUCCAACCCUGCUCCCUCUCCAUGGUCCCAACAGCAGCCACCCCAAAAUCCCCAAAACCCCAUGAACUCCUGGAACCGUGGCCGCUCCGUUCCCAACAUGAACCUCGGCAACGGUCUCACCAAUCCGCUGCACCCCCGUAAACCCCACAACCAAAACUCCCAGCAGUCCAUGUCCCCGUACUCGAACCACCUUCACCAGUCCCAGCAGCCCCAUCUGCAGCAAUCGCUCGGCUCCAACCUGAUCAACUCCCCCUCCAAGUACCGUCGCAGCACUUCCUACCCGGCGGGUAAAUCCGGUCUGCCCAACUCCGGAAACAACGCCGGCGGCGGAGGAUUCGGUGCCGGUCCGCUGGAUUGCGUCCCGCCGCUGGACGACUCCCGUGACCCGUUCCUGUCUUCUUACCAGGACCGCACCGGAUUAAACAAUGGAUUAGACAUGCGUUCGCUCGAGCACUGCCUUAGCGAUAUCAUGCGAAACGUUGGCGAAGCUUCCCAGCCGGACCAUUUGAAAGGAUUCCUCAACUGCAACACAAACACCCUGCAAUCGUUAGCUCAACUACACGGAAAACUUGACUUCCACGAAUUCAUACCAGGCAAACCGUUCUUCUCCGGGCUGGAUGACCACAUUUCGGAUGAGGCCGGCGGAUUCAUCGGCGGAACCAACAGUGGCAGCAAUCAUCAUCAUUCGCACCACCAGCAGCAGCACCAUCACCAUCACCACCAGCUGACGGCACUCGGAGGAUCGCCGGCUCGCUCCUCGCCGCACUCGAACGGAUCGGAGUCGACGGAACGCUUCAGUCGGAAGGUGUUCGUCGGGGGACUGCCGCCGGACAUUGAUGAAGAGGAAAUCACCACGUCGUUCAACCAAUACGGAGCACUCGUCGUCGAUUGGCCCCACAAAGCCGAGUCCAAGUCGUACUUCCCACCCAAAGGAUACGCGUUCCUGCUGUUUCAGGAGGAGCGCGGUGUACAGAAAUUGAUCGAAACAUGCCACCCGGAGGAUGACAAGCUGUACAUUACGGUGUCAUCGCCAACCAUCAAGAAUAAAGCCGUGCAGAUUCGGCCGUGGCGCCUGGCCGAUGCCGACUACGUGCUGGACGCCUCGAUGCCGCUGGAUCCUCGCAAAACCGUGUUCGUUGGGGGCGUCCCGAGACCGCUGAAAGCAUAUGAGCUCGCAAUGAUCAUGGACCGUCUCUAUGGCGGUGUAUGCUACGCUGGCAUCGAUACCGACCCGGAACUCAAGUAUCCAAAGGGUGCUGGUCGCGUUGCGUUCUCCAACCAGCAAAGCUACAUCGCCGCCAUCUCUGCACGCUUCGUGCAGCUCCAGCACGGCGACAUCGACAAACGCGUCGAGGUAAAGCCGUACGUACUGGAUGACCAGAUGUGCGAUGAAUGCCAAGGCCAGCGUUGCGGUGGAAAAUUCGCGCCGUUCUUCUGCGCCAACGUUACCUGUCUACAGUAUUACUGUGAGCACUGUUGGGCUCACAUCCAUUCGCGGUCCGGACGCGAAUAUCACAAGCCCCUCGUCAAGGAGGGUGCGGACCGGCCCCGGGCAGUGCCCUUUCGCUGGUGUUAACGCCAGCCACCACGAUCAAUAUCGACUGCAGCGGGACGGACAGCAUCAUCUGCUUUCGCGAACGCGACGUCGACGAGAUCGAGCCACAAUCAACAGCAGCAUCACAACCACCAACAGCAGCAGCAGCAGCAACCCUCACAUCAUCACCAGCACCAACAUCAGUCAGUUGUUGGCGGCAACGGCACUAGCGGCAGCAAUUCCCUCGGUGCCGCAGCAGCCAACGCCUUCCACGGUUUUGGUCAACCUGGGUCAACAACGGGUUACGUACCACCACCCCCAUCGUUUCCCUGGACCAACAGCGGUAGCAGCGCCAGUGGCAUCGGAAUUGGCUCCAAGCCAAGACUACAGCAGCAACAGCAACAGAAUCCACUAAGUCGAGCUUCGACUUCAGGAGGAUUUUUGGCGCCACCGCCAACACGUUACAGCGGUAGUAGUGGUAGCUGCGGAGGCAGCAGUAACGGUUCUGGGCUCAUCUCUAGUAGCGGCAGUAGCAGUCCUUCUUCUAUGCGCUGCAGUAGUUCGAUUGAUCAGGCACUCGCUAGCGCGGGUUCCAGUAGUUUUAACAAGAAGCAACAAGAAGACAUAUUAAAACAGCAUCAACGGAAGAUGCAGCAGCAGCAGCAACAACAGCAGCACGCAUCAUCCCUUUCGAUCGGCAGUGGCGCUGCCAGUGGUGCGAUCGGAAACUAAGCGGAAAAAAGACGAGAUUUUCACUCGCGGACCGACCUUUUUAUAUGAUCCAUUAGCGGUAUGCGUUUUUUCUACUUUAGACCAUAGGAUUGAUAGACAAAGACUCUACGUUUUUGUAAGAAACGAUUUUCACCGAAUCAUCAUAGAGAAAUCAAAGAUUACUUGAAGUAUUACUAGUAGUUGAAAGCGGAUCGGAGGGGAAGUUAAUACUUUAUAUAUGAAAACUAGUUCUAGUAAGCGACAAAAAAAAACACAGAUAACAGAAAAAACGAUAAUAACCUUUUCUUCUUACCCUCUUGGAACGUUAUAUAUUUUCAGUAGGAAGCCAUAGAGGGUGGAGCAGAAGUAUUUGAGUUACAACAAAAGAUAGUGAAGUACUGUUUAUAAUUCGUUCACUUUUUAUAUUGAAACGCGUUUUUGUUAACUUUUUGUAUGAAAUCGAGUUAGAUGAUUCUAUAUAUAUACAUAUAACAAACUAAUAUGUACAGCUAUUGCUAGCAAAAAUCAGUGAGGAAACCCAUUAGUGUAAACUUUAGUAUAGAUAAGCUUAGCAUGGUAUUUGUAAUGCGUCCUGCAAGGAGAGGAAAAUAUAAAUUCAAAGAAAAUAUCAUUCAAACAUUCGAACGAAAAACUGUGGUAUGAAAAAUAAGAAACGACCGAUUAGGUACGGUUCCCUACAGCAAUGCGGCACGAAAUGGAACAACAAAACCAAAAUAAGAAAGAAGACAUCAAAUUUUCAUACAAAUCAGUUUUGUGAUAGCUAUUUUUAUAGACACACAAACACAUACCAACUGAAACAUAGCAAACAAACAUACACAUGGAAGCGAAACUUUCAAGAAACCGAUACGAGAUGCAUCACGAGACCCUGUAAAAAAAAUGUUGCAAAAUAUUAUCAUGCGCUUUUGUAUUAUCGAAGCAACGCCGGAUCCCGUCAUCGGAUCGAGGAUUACCACGAAAGGUGAGUGUUUUUGUAUAAGCUAUCAGUCUAUUUUUAUCAACUUGAGAGAGAACCGAAUACAUAGAUCAUGAUUCUAAGAGUAGAAACCGAGGAAAAGAGGGGGACGAAGCAGAGUUUUGUUUGUUGCUUUCGAUUGCUAGAAGUAUGAGAAAAUUCAAGCAAAUUCUAGCCUAUUGUCCGGUGUGACAAGUAGUAAUAUUUAGUUGUUAUAAAUUCUUUUAAAACAUUAGUGAGUAACUUUCUGUUGAGUUGAUUUAGCUUUCGCUACGCAGCCCUGUUGUUACCAUUUUACUGUUUGCGUAAAAAAUAACCAAGAUUUGUUGUGCAAUGCAGAACAACGGCAUUAUUGGCAAAAAUUGUUGUUGUGUAUUUGUGAAACAAAAACUUAAAGGUAUUAAAGGUAAACCACAGUGAUUUGUUUUUUAUUGCGUUAAGUGUUCCGUUUGGCUUCGUGCAUAUGAUUAGAGAAUUGUGAUUAGAGAGACGGCUGACAACCAUGAUUGGCCUCUAAAAGCUAGUCGAAUUGGGAUAAAUACGUAUGCAAUUUGCUAGUCAUGAAAUA